GCACAGGUGCAGGAGUAAGAGUAGGAGAGAAAGAAACAUGCCUGAAAGAGCGGGAGUAUGGAAUAUGUAACAUAAAAGGCAAGAAGGAAACAGAUAAAAUAAUUCAGGGCUUGCUGGUAGAAAGAAAGGAGAAUACGGUGUCUGAAACAGCAACAGAUAGGGGUGACAGAUGUUCAUGAAAGCUGUUGAAGAGAUACGGAUAAUAAACAAGUAAAAGGAUGAGAGAGGAAGUACAGAGGUGUGUAAAGAAGAUUGUUUGGUUGACAGAAGAUUUGAGAAACGAGUGCCCGCAAGCUGCAACAAUAAGGCCGGAUGGGAGUCUGUACUGACACACACACAUAUGCACGCAUACACACCCACAUGGAUAGACUGCGGCCGACCAGUGACUCCGGUCGACUACUGCCUGUGGUACCCAAAGACCCUCUCACUAAUGCGUUAGAUGCCAUUGUGGUCAGCACUGAUCUCAUCGAGGAUGAACUCCGACCACACCUGGACACAGUACUUACUGUCAUACAGGAAAAACAGCGUGGGGCUGCGGAACAGGUGGCAGUGAGUGGUGUAUUACCUACUCUGGCUCAAGCCCUUAGGAGGAGAGGACCGCUUACUCUAAUGACCGCUAAACUGGUGUCAGAACUGGCCAGAGAAACGGUGAUCAGGGAAAGGUGUGGUGAGACAGGGGUGUCGUCUGCUCUGCUGUCUGUGCUGGUCUCCAGGGAUCAGGAGCUGCUGAUACAUGCUGGCCACGCUAUCGCUCGUAUCUGCUACGACAGCCGGUGUCAACAGGAGCAGUUGUUGUGUUUGGGGGCGGUCCCUCUGCUGGUCGGAAUCCUGCUGCGUUUUAAAGGCAACGAGGCUCUGGAGGGUGUGUGUCUUGUGGCCCUGUGUAACUUAGGUGACAUGGGGGAGGGGGGGGAGGAUGGAGGUAUAUCGUGGGAGAGGGGCGUGUCGCUAUGUCCCGAGGAGUCCGUGUUUCGUGGUGUGACUUGUCACUCCUGCGGCUUUGGCUCCAUGGUUACAGUUGUCAGACUGACCCAGUGGUCGCCCGGGCAACACACCGUCAGCAUCGAGAUGCUACCCCGUUAUUCCAUCGGGUUCUGGACUAUGCAUAACAACUGCCGGACAGUGCGACGUUCGCCGCUCUCUCACCUGGGAACAUGUCCCAAGUUCUACAAAACCAUCAAGUACUCCGUCCAGAACAUUCCCAACAGUAGGAGCCUGAAGUCACGAGUCUUCCACAUCUUCCUUUGAGAGUGGAAUGGACUACAAACAUGGCAGAACAGGAUGGACUACAAUCAUGGCAGCAUAUUGUGGACUACAAACAUGGCAGCAUAUCAUGAACUACACAUAUUUUUCAUGGACUAUGAAUAUGGUAUUCUAUCAAUGACAAACAGGAUAACUCAUUCACACCUUUUUCUUAGAGAGGAACAGACUACAAACAUGGCAUUCUAUGGACUACAAACAGGUUGACUCUGAAAGUCACUGCAGAUACACUACCAGUCAAAAGUUUGGA